CAAUAGAAGGUUCAAGAACAUUGUUCAAAUAAAUAAUUUUUCUCUUUUUUUCUUUUAAAUUUCUUUAUGGGCGUGACUUCUGGAUUGUUUAGCUUCCGGCUCAGCUCUGUGAACCAACACAACACCAUCCUUCUUGAUUAAGCACACAUUGUGCCUUGUCGGCAUCGAUACUGGAUCAUUUCUCAUGGCAGCUUCUCAGACCACUCCCUGGAAUUUGAUUUCUGGGAUCUUAGGAGUAAUCUGCCUUUUUUUGAUGGCUACUAUGGGAAUUUUGUUGAAAGAUUUAUAUCCUAAACACAGUAUUCAGCCAACAUUGUCUCCAGAUGCAAUCACAGAACUCCAGAAAGGCUCUAACUGUUGUUCUUGCCCAAAAGGGUGGAUUGGGUACCACUGCAACUGCUACUUCUUUUCUGGUGAAUUAAAAACCUGGAAAGAGAGUCGUGAUUUCUGUGUUUCUCAGAAUUCCAGUCUACUUCAGAUUGAAAACGGAGAUAAAUUGCAUUUUAUGAGCUCCAGUAAAUAUUUUUACUGGAUUGGACUCUCUUACCAUAAAGAAUGUGAUGCCUGGUUGUGGGAAGAUGGCUCCAGUGUCUCCCAAGAUCUAUUUAGUUCACGCUACUGGAUUUUGGAAAUGUAUAGGUUAUUUGAUCUUCACUGGACAAGAGAUCAGUAUGAAAACUAA